AUGGCCCGCCCCGGGAAGCCUGGGGCUGUGGAGGCCCAGGAGGAGGAGGCGGGGGAUGAGGGGCGCGCCUCAGGGCCACUGGCAGCGACACUGGAGCAGGCCCAGGAGCUGUUCCUGCUGUGCGACAAGGAGGCCAAGGGCUUCAUCACCCGGCACGACCUGCAGGGCCUGCAGAGCGACCUGCCCCUCACGCCCGAACAGCUGGAGGCUGUGUUCGAAAGUCUGGACCAGGCGCACACCGGCUUCCUCACCGCUCGGGAGUUCUGCCUUGGCCUGGGGAAGUUGGUGGGGGUGGAGACUGCCCCGGGUGCUCUGCCCUCCCGGGCUCCAGAGGAAACCUUCGAGGCGGGCUGGUCGGGUGUGCGAGGCUCCGGGGGCUCCCUGGAGGAGGAGGAGGACGAGGAGAGAUUCUGCUCGGCGCUGGAGCAGCUGGGGGUGGCCCGGGUCCUGGGCGAGCAGCGGGCAAUUCGGACGCUCUGGACCCAGCUGCAGCGUGAGCGACCCGAACUGCUGGGCUCCUUCGAGGACGUUCUGAUGCAGGCGUCGGCCUGCCUGGAGGAAGCGGCCCGAGAGCGGGAGGGCCUGGAGCAGGCGCUGCGGCGGCGGGAGAGCGAGCACAAGAGGGCGGUGCGAUGUCUGUACGAAGAUAUGGAGCGGCAGCUUGGCGAGCAGCGCCGGCGCCUGCGGAGUCAGAACGUCCCCCGGGAGGAGCGGAGAGGCCACCUAGAGCUGGAGCUGCAGAGUCGCGAGCAGGAGCUGGAACGCGCGGGGCUGCGGCAGCGGGAGUUGGAACAGCAGCUGCAGGCCCGGACCACCGAGCAGCUGGAGGCGCAGGCGCAGAACGCCCAGCUGUGGCUGGCCAACGAGGCGCUGCGGGCGCAACUGGAAGGGGUGCAAGAGCAGCUCCGCAGGCUGGAGAGCGACUUGCUGGGCCGUCGGGAGCAAACCCAACGAGACGUGGUCGCGGUCUCGAGGAACAUGCAGAAAGAGAAGCUCAGCCUCCUGCGGCAACUGGAACUGCUCAGGGAGCUGAACACGAGGCUACGAGACGAGAGGGACGUCUGUGAGGCCGAGCGGCCGGGCAGUGGCCGCAGGAAGGCUCUGACCACGGCCCCCCUGCUGGGGCCCGCCUGCUGCUGUUCCUGCUGUUGUAGUAGCUGGGCUCGCCCCCCCAGACGCGGCUCUGGCCACCUUCCCAGUGCCCGCUGA